CGGAAGUGGGGCAUCAUCUGCUCCUUCAGGAGGAGACGCAUCAUCGUCUGAGCUGUUGUCAACAACGAGGACAGAGGCGAGAAACCCUUCGGCCUGGUCGGGCACAAAUCCACUCUCCCCCCCUGCACAAGGAGUUCAUAUGAGAAGGACAAAUGAAGUGACCACCAGGAUACAAUGUCAUCUUUCCAGGUGGUGGACUCGUCGCCAGGCAGCAGCGUCAGCAUCAUGGAAACGUCCAACUUCGCCCACGUCAUCUUCCAGAACGUGGGGAAGAGUUUCCUGCCGCAGGCGCCCCUGGAGUGUUGCUACACCCUGACCCCCUACAUUACACCCAACCCCAAAGACUGGGUGGGCAUCUUCAAGGUGGGUUGGAGCACAGCCAGGGAUUACUACACCUUCCUUUGGUCUUCUAUACCUGAAAACUACGAACCAGGAAGUACUGUGCACAGCACUGUGGUGUUUCAAGGGUAUUAUGUCCCUAAAUCUGACGGAGAGUUUUACCAGUUCUGUUACGUCACACACACCGGUGACAUCAGAGGAGCCAGCACGCCCUUCCAGUUCAGGUCAGCCACUCCCACCGAGGAGCUGUUGACCGUUACCGAGGACGACAGCAACUCAGACAUACUGGUCGUCACCACGAAGACGGGUCUGUUAGAGAGAGUGGAGGAGGCACAGCAGGAGCGCAGGGAGCUGCUGAAGGCCAUGCGGCUCCUGCAGGAGGAGAAGCAUCAGCUGCAGGAGGAGCAGAAACGACUGGCCAGGGAGAGGGAGCAGGAGAGGGAGACAUGCUGUCUGCUGCGGACACACAACCAGGAGCUGCUGCGCUCGUCGCAGGGCCUGUCAGAGGAGAGGGAGGAGGUGAGGCGGAGGCUGAAGGAGGCCACGGACCGAGUUCGCCAGCUAGAAGAAGACCUGCUGGGAGUCAGCCAGAGAGGCCUGCAAAAGGAGACGGAGCUGGACUGUCUGCGUGAUCGUCUGAAGAAGCUGACGACAGAGAGAGACAGUCUGGAGAGCCAACUUAAGAACGAGAAGGAUGAAAGAGAACUCUACAAGGUCCACCUGCGCAGCACUGAGCUGGAGAACACGAAGCUGAGUGCAGAGCUCCAGAUGUUGAAAGCAGUGGAGCUGAACCGCGAGGUGACCAUUGCCCAGUUCCAGGAGGAGCUAGAAAGGCUCAGAGCCUGUCAUGCCCAGCGGGACAGCUUAGAGAAGGAGCUGCUGGUGCACAAGUCUGAUAAGGCAGAGCUGGCCCGUAUACGCGAGCAGCUCCGUCAGGCCGAGGAGCAGCUGCAGGCGUCCCGGCAGCAGGCGUCCCUGCUGGCCGCGGAGCUCCGUGACUCAGCCAGCGCCCGUGACCACACGAUGACUGAGCUGUACCGCGCCCGCUUGGAGGCUGACAAGCUCCGCGCCAGUUUAGCUGAUGCUCAGGCCGAGUGCCAACGCAUGGAGAGCCAGUUAGACCGCAUGCGGAGCACUGCACAAAAGGAAGUGGGUGUUGGGACAGGUGGGGAGGUGACACCCAGUAUGAUGGUGGUGUCAGAAGCAGAGGCUGAGCUGCAGAGGGAGGUGGAGGAGCUGAAACUGCGUCUCCACAUGGCUGCCGAACACUAUAAGGAGAAGUACCGGGAGUGUCAGCGCCUCCGCAGGCAGGUCGCUAAACUGAACACAACUGAGUCACAGGGGGAGCCAAAAAGAAAUGCAGCGACUGAGACGUCACACGAACCACUGACCCCUAGUCCAGAAUCACCCACAGCAGGAAACAUAGCUACUGCAGUUCUACAAGGAGCAACUGAGAUAACACUCAUCCCAGAGCUCCUAACCAGGAAACCUACAUCCACUGACACACACCUCAUUACAGAAACAGAUGACAGGCAGACAGAUUAUAUUCAGAAUGAGUGGGCCGAGGCAGAGGGUGGGGGAGAAUGGAACCGAAAUGAAAACACCGAAAAGGAGAAGAGAGAAGAGAAGGAGAGCCUGCCGGAGGAGAGCCUGCGGAUGACGAGCUGGGUAGAGGUGGAGAACGAGAGGCAGGGUGCCGAGGUGGAGGGUGCACUGAAGCUAGAGGAAGUGAGGCCCGUCAAGGAGGAGCCGGUGAUGCUGGAGGUGGAGGGGAUGAGCAUGGAAGAAGUGGAGAUAGAGCAGACUCGCUCGGUGGAGGAGGAGCUAGCGAUGAUGGAGGAGAAGUGGCGGGAGCAGUGCGCCAUAAACGAGACGCUCAAACUGAGGCUGGCCAAUGAGGAGGAGCGAUUCAGGGUGCAGAUGGCCGAGCGAGCCAGUGAGGUGACGGAGCUGAAACGAAACCUGGCCCAGGCGCUUAGAGACAAGGAGCAGCUGCAGGAGGAGCUGCAGCGUUAUGUGUGCAGACAGAGGGAGCAGGAGGCUGGUGCCCAGGCUGCUGAGGCCAGGCAGCCCAUGGUGCUGCGCUACCCGCUGCCCUAUCCCCAGGACCCCUCCCCUCCACCGCUGGUGCCGCAGAGGCCCGCUGAGCUGCAGUUCGGCAAUCCCUACUCCACGGACACCACGAGAGACCGGGCAGAUGUAGCUAUGUCUCCUGAGCACAUGUCCCGUCCACCACCGGAGGCCCCGCCCUGCGCCCCUCCCUGUGCACCCCCGAUGACACCUCGAGGCCCUGAAGCCGGGGCACCUGGCUGGGACCGAGAGGUGGUCUGCAUCCAGCCCUGUCGCAGCACGAGCCCCCCUGAGAGCCUGGAGCAUCCACCAGAGGAGCCAGGAACUGUCACUGACGGGGCUCAGCCGUCCUGUGAUCAUCAGUCCAGCAGACGCCGUGAGGCCAGGGGCAGCUUCUGCUUCGACUCCAGCAACGACGUUCACAAGCGCUGCCCGCUGUGCGAGGUGAUCUUCCCCCCCCACUUCGAGCAGCGCAGCUUCGAGCAGCACGUCGAGAGCCACUGGAAGGUCUGCCCCGUCUGCUCCGAGCAGUUCCCGCUCAACUGCCAGCAGCAGCUCUUCGAGCGGCACGUCCUCACGCACUUCGACGGCCACGUGCUCAACUUUGAGCAGAUCGAUUGAAGGAGUUAUGGUUGGGGGGGGGGGGGGGGGCGGUGUUGGUUUACACCUGGAAUCGUGGCACACCGUAUGGGUAAACGUGUGUUUGUCGGCCAGUAGUUCAAAUUCGAUUGGGGUUUGGUUAAGUUGUCUCGUUGAUUUACAGUCAGUCACACUUUUUCGGUUCCUGAAGGUUACAAACGAAUGUAGUUUACUCGUGAGAGGAAGCGUGAGGUCGUGCUUCAGACGGCUCCUCCACCCGGGUGGUUGUGAAGUCGUGUGGCGGGCGUUCAGCUAAAUACACAGCGGGUGAAAGGAUCAUGAAUAGGUGGGAACAGUUGCUACGACCUUUUACUUUUUCUAUUAUUUUUUAACGCUCAUCUUUCUGCUUCGAUGGACUACAGCACCAUUUAAAGAGCAUGUAUUUAUUCUGUGUUUAAAAAACAAUUCAACACUACAAAACUAGAAUGAAGAGUCAAUUGUAGCUUUGAAGGGGGAUUAAAAAAAAAAAAAAGUGGCCCUCUCCAUAUUUCUUUACAGUGGGUAGGAUUCUCUUGUGACAAAGCAGCCGAGAAAGUGCUUCAUCUUUUCCCUCUGUCGUGGAAAGGCAAGGAAAAGACAGUCAAAUGUUUGUUUUUUAAGUGUAAAUGCAGAGAUCUGAAUAUAUGAUGUCUUAAGAAGUCAUCUGAGCGAGUAUAUAGUGUAUUAUGACGGAGGAAGGACGGUGGAGAUUUUCUCUGUUUUUGACUUGCAAUCCAUGAGCUACCGAACGAAUGACCGUGUUUUUUUGCAAACAGAGACGUCAGGUGGUUCGAACAGAAACAGCACUAUUGUUUUCAUGUAUCUGCACUAAAUAAGGCUUUAUUCUGAAUGUACUGUACAUAUGAAAGUACGUCGAAGUUGUGGAGCGACUUGUGAAUUACUGUCGUGAAUUACCCCCCCCCCCCACCCCCCC